UAUAUAAUAAUCGAAUAAUCGAAAUGGAACCUGUAAUGAAAUGAAAGCACUGAACUGAACUAACUCUUGACUCGUGUGAGAGAAUAUCCGCUACGGUUUUGUUUGUUUUCACUCUCUCUCUCGCUCUCUCUAGCAUGGAACCGGAAUCUGGAGUUUCGACUUCUCGGAAUCCUUCUCAGUUGUCCUGGGUGAAUCUCUCUAGGAAUCUGUUAUUAGCAUAUCAGAGUUUUGGUGUAGUGUAUGGAGAUCUGAGCACUUCACCUCUCUAUGUCUUUACAAGCACAUUCAGAGGAAAGUUACAGAAUCACCAUGAUGAAGAAACUAUAUUUGGCACGUUUUCAUUGAUUUUUUGGACCCUUACAUUGAUACCAUUGCUUAAAUACGUAUUCAUCCUAUUGAGUGCUGAUGACAACGGUGAAGGUGGAACAUUUGCUCUUUAUUCGCUGCUCUGCAGGCAUGCCAAGUUUAAUUUACUCCCCAAUCAACAGGCAGCUGAUGAGGAGUUGUCAUCCUAUAAAUAUGGCCCCUCAUCACAGCCUGUAGCCUCUUCUCCACUGAAGAGGUUUCUGGAAAAGCAUAAAAGGUUAAGAACAGCUCUCCUUGUUGUGGUAUUGUUUGGUGCCUGCAUGGUCAUUGGUGAUGGUGUGCUUACUCCAGCAAUUUCAGUUCUAGCAUCCGUAUCGGGAUUACAAGUUACAGAAAAAAAAUUAACUGAUGGUGAACUUGUCCUGCUUGCCUGUGUCAUAUUGGUUGGACUGUUUGCUCUCCAACAUUGUGGCACUCACAAAGUAGCAUUUAUGUUUGCACCGAUUGUAAUCAUCUGGCUUGUAUCGAUAUUUUCUGUUGGGCUGUAUAAUACAAUUCAUUGGAAUCCAAAAAUAGUCCGUGCUAUAUCGCCAUACUAUAUCAUCAAUUUCUUUGUCAAGACUGGUAAAGAAGGUUGGAUUUCUCUUGGAGGGAUACUUCUCUGUAUCACUGGAACUGAAGCUAUGUUUGCAGAUCUUGGCCAUUUUACUGCUUCAUCAAUAAGGCUCGCAUUUGCAUUUGUUAUAUACCCUUGUUUGGUGGUACAGUACAUGGGCCAAGCUGCUUUCUUGUCUAAAAACAUCAACUCUGUUAAUAACAGUUUUUAUGACUCAAUACCUGGACCUGUGUUUUGGCCUGUUUUUGUUAUUGCAACCCUUGCUGCUAUUGUUGGGAGUCAAGCUGUUAUAACUGCAACUUUUUCCAUCAUCAAGCAGUGUCAUGCUCUUGGUUGCUUUCCACGAGUCAAAGUUGUGCACACCUCAAAACAUAUAUAUGGACAGAUCUACAUCCCAGAAAUAAACUGGAUACUUAUGAUUCUAACUCUUGCUAUAACCAUUGGAUUUCGGGACACAACCAUGAUUGGAAAUGCUUAUGGACUCGCUUGUAUGACGGUUAUGUUUGUGACUACAUUUCUGAUGACACUAGUGGCAAUCUUUGUCUGGCAAAAAAGCGUCUUCAUUGCUUUAGUUUUUCUUUUAUUCUUUUGGGUGAUAGAGGGCGUAUAUCUAUCAGCAGCAUUCAUCAAAGUGCCUCAGGGAGGAUGGGUUCCUCUUGUCUUAUCCUUCAUCUUCAUGAUUGUUAUGUAUGUAUGGCAUUAUGGUACUCGUAGGAAGUAUAGCUAUGAUCUGCACAACAAAGUGUCAUUGAAAUGGUUACUGGGUUUGGGCCCAAGCCUUGGCAUUGUCCGUGUCCCAGGGAUAGGUCUCAUAUACUCAGAACUGGCAACAGGAGUACCUGCAAUAUUUUCCCAUUUUGUAACAAAUCUUCCUGCAUUUCACAAGGUGUUGGUUUUUGUUUGUGUAAAAUCAGUUCCUGUUCCAUAUGUCUCACCUGAAGAACGUUUCCUUAUUGGGCGAGUUUGCCCUAGACCAUAUCGCAUGUAUAGGUGCAUUGUCAGAUAUGGGUACAAGGACUUUCAAAGGGAUGAUGGUGACUUUGAGAACCAUCUCAUACAGAGUAUAGCAGAAUUUAUCCAAAUGGAAGCAGUGGAACCACAGUUCUCAAGUUCUGAAGCUUCUUCACUUGAUGGGAGGAUGGCUGUUAUAAGUACUAAAAACCUAGAAUCUACUUCAAGCUUAGUAGUUUCUGAGCAUGAGGAUACUGGCGUGGACAUCUCCAUCCCUAGCAGCAGAUCUGUAACCCUACGAAGUUUGCAAUCGGUUUAUGAUGAUGAAAAUCCACAAGUUACAAGGCGGCGAGUAAGAUUUCAGCUACCUAACAAUCCUGGUAUGGAUCCUGCUGUUAGAGAAGAGCUUUUGGAUUUAAUUCAAGCUAAGGAAGCCGGAGUUGCAUAUAUAAUGGGGCACUCAUACGUGAAGGCAAGGAAAUCGUCCUCAUUCUUGAAAAAGCUCGUCAUUGAUAUUGGGUACUCAUUUUUACGGAAGAAUUGCAGGGGUCCAGCUGUAGCUCUUAACAUUCCUCACAUCAGUCUUAUCGAAGUUGGAAUGAUAUAUUAUGUCUAGUUCUUGGUGUAAUUUACAACUUAUCCUGGUUGAAGGUAACUAUGACCUCAGUCGUAGGAAAGUGAGUGUAACGGAGCCUCUCUUAGGCUACUUUUAUUUUUGCUUUCGCAGCUCUCUCCCAAUGUGUAAUUACAUAACUUAGUUGUAAUAAUUUCGUGUUAGAAGAUUAUUUAGAUAUCAGAAAUAUUU